UAAUGCGAAGAUUGACGCGACCAGCCAGAGCUCUCGAUGGAGAAGUCACACAUAAUCAGAGUAGUACGUAUUUAACCAGGUAUUAAUAAGAGACUCCCAUGUCAAAGAAACAGGCGCUGGUCCAAGAGGAGACGCCAGCAGAUCUUGUCCUUGAUCAUCAGCACCUGGCUGGCACUGGCAGUCAAUACUGUAGCUACAUACUGCCUGGGGUGGCUGGUGAAAUUGAAGGUCGGCCACCAUCCUCGGUCUUACAGUUUUUGUUCGAUUCCCGAGGACGCUUGGCCCGGUUGGGUCACACCUGCUGAGAGUCACAAAAUGAGCAUUCGGGAUGGCCGGAUGCUUUCCAGACUGGGCGGCGAAGAAACCCUGUUCCUGGGUAGAUGGAUGGUGAACAUAAGGGCAUUUUAAUUUAUCAUUUGAACAGUUGGCUUAUGACCAGAUCAAGACGCAGACGCUGUUGACAGAUAGAUAGAUAGAUAUAUAGAUAGAUAAAUAACAUUG